CCGCACGGCCACCAUCCACGGAAGAGCGGAAACUCAGGACUCAGCCUCCUGACACUGACAGUGGCCCCCUCUGACUCCGCCCCCUUGAUGAGCAGUGCUGGUCACAUGAUCACAUUAUUGGCUUGCAGCGGUGCCAGAUGCUAACUCCGCCCCCUGAUGCGCAGACCGGUCACAUGAUCGUGACGUCAGUGGGGGAUGGGGUAAUAUGGCCGGGUGUGGGGUGACCUGGUGCUCCCCGGUUUCGCUGCUCACCCUUGGGGCGCUGGUUAUCCUGUCCUGUCGCUCCCAUCCCUCCAGUAACUGCAGACACCGAGCUCCGGGGCCGGAGGAGGUUAUCUAUAAAGUUCACCAAAGAACGAACCACGUUUUGAAACGACAAACAGAUCAGCAUCUGCGGGUUAAGACUGAGCAUGACGCUAGCAUUGACGACCUGGUCCCGGCAAAGAGGAGACUUGUCAAAAACAAGCUCUUCCCACAAGCGAUAUCCUAUUUACAGAAGACCUUCCAAGUGCGCAAACCCAGCAGCUCUAUUUUACUGAGCAGACAAUGUGCAAACAAUCAGUAUCUGAGGAGAAAGUCUGACGUUCACAGGUACUGCCACAGAGCCUGCGCCCAGCACACCAGGUGUGGUCCAGUCAUAGUCCCGGAGGAGCACCUACAGCAAUGCAUGCUGUGCAGUGACACAGAAAAGUACUGUGGCCCUUCGGGACCCCCGGACAGCGGAGGUGUUCGUGAUGCAGACUUUGUCCUUUAUGUCAGUGCCAUCACCACGGAGCGAUGCAGCCAGGAGAACAUUGUCGCUUAUGCGGCAUAUUGUCAGCUUGAAGCGGAAAUGGACAGACCAAUAGCUGGAUAUGCCAACUUGUGUCCAAACAUGAUUUCUACACAACCUCAGGAGUUUGCCGGCAUGCUAUCCACUGUGGAACAUGAAAUUAUUCAUGCCUUGGGAUUUUCCGCUGGACUGUUUGCGUUAUAUUAUGAUGAUAAUGGCGAGCCCCUGACGCCGCGUUACAUGAACGGUCUCCCAAUUUUCAAUGAGAGCCUCGGUGUGUAUCAGUGGAGUGACAGAGUUGUCCGCACUGUGACCAGGAGCUGGGACGUCAGAGGCCCCAGAAUGGUUCAACACAAUGUCUUCCUGCUGGUCACUCCCAGAGUCACAGCGGAGGUGCAGAAACAUUUCAACUGCCCGAUUCUGGAGGGGAUGGAGCUUGAGAACCAGGGUGGGAUGGGAACGGAGCUGAAUCACUGGGAGAAGAGGCUGCUGGAGAAUGAAGCGAUGACCGGCUCCCACACACAGAACAGAGUGUUCUCCAGGAUCACUUUGGCGCUGAUGGAGGAUACAGGGUGGAAAAAUUUGGAAAACUACUUGCAGCUCCUGUCUCCAACAGUUACACCCGUCGGCUGCUCCCCGGACGGCCUGCACAUCUGGGUGGAAGAGUACCCCUACCUGUGCACCAGGGCAGGGCAGGUACUUACAGUCAGCACCCAGAUCAAUGGCUGGUUUUAUGAAGGAAACCUAAUAUGCCCGCCAUGCUCAGACUUCUGUGACUUCUGCCCACCAGAGCGAGAGCCGCCGGUAGACAACAGGACCAGAUCUACCCCUUUGGAUGUCUGUUCUCGGUCUUCAAACCUGGUAGUGACCCUGUGGCUUCUAAUGCUGAACUUACUCCCCCUGCUGGCCGGGUUCUUCCUCUGCGUGUAUAAGUGACGCAGGAGCUACGUAACGUUGCUGCAGAUCACUAGCUCUGGGUCAGAGUGCCUCAUCGUGUCCUGGCGACACAGUCUGCACUUUAUGCGUACAGGAUAUGUGCACCCACGUGCAGUAGGGUCAGGCAUUGCUUGUCUGGCUGGAGAGGACAUUACAGGCACCCAUGGAUCGGGUGCUGUAGGUUCUGACCUAUGUUACUUGAAGUUCUGCCUUCUGGAAGAUAACAAGAGGUUUACACUUUUUUUUUAUUAGAGUUAUUUAUAUAGCGCAGAAAUAUUCUGCAGCGCUUUACAGACCAGGAGCGUCCAGAGGCUGCAGUGCCACCAGCUCAGCGCUCACCCCUCUAUAAACAUGCUGCAGUUCUCCGUUCCCCAAAGCACAAGCUGAGCUUAUUAAUUAGGGCCAACAAUAUUGUGGUAUAUUUAUCAUACGCUGAUGAAGAAGGUAGAAGACCUGCACCGUGUGUGGUUCUACAGAGCAGCCGUGCAAACGGCUUCCCUCUAUAUUGUGACAUGGACGGCCGUCUUCUGUAUACGUGGUAUUUAUUUUUGUGUUUGCACACACUGCUGUAUAAUAUGGCGUAAGGGACCGGCUCUGACGCAAGGUAGGUGGCUGGGGGCUGAGCGCACUGUAGGCCGGUUUAUUUAUUUAUUGUAAAUCUUCUCUACUUUCCGUUAAAUUAUGUGUAGAUAUUUUUGCUGCUGUAUAUUAUGAUUGUAUAAAAAGGCUACAGAAUAGAUUUAGUACAGUAUUCUUUACAGUAUGUAAAUAACUUGUUUAAAUGGCGAUCUUUCUGCUAUAACUUUGACA